AGUGCCAUGGAUGCAGCCAGACUCAGUGCUGCCAAGUCCUCCCCCAUGAUGGAGACCAUCAACAUGUGUCUGCAGCACCUGGACGUGUCUGUUCUGGGGGAGCUGGUCCCCAGACUCUGUGACUUACUGAAGAGCGGAGUGGGCCUGGGCACCAAGGUAACACACUCCUCCCCUCUCUCCCACCACCAUGCCUGUCUCGGCCUGACUAGGACGACACGUUGUCAGGAAGUCAAAUCCUCUGCUGUGUUCCUUGGUGAUAAACUGCAUAUUAUUACGCCUAUAGUCAUUCCACCCCCCCCCCCCUACAGACUUUACUCUGCCCCCCCUAUAGUCAUUCCACCCCCCCUACAGACUUUACUCUGCCCCCACCCCCCCCAAUGGUCAGACUACUCCCCCUAUGGUAAUCCCCCCCACAUACACUACACCACAACACUACAUAAAGAGAGACAACACUACAUAAAGAGAGACACCACAACACUACAUAAAGAGAGACACCACAACACUACAUGAAGAGAGACACCACAACACUACAUAAAGAGAGACAACACUACAUAAAGAGAGACACCACAACACUACAUAAAGAGAGACACCACAACACUACAUGAAGAGAGACACCACAACACUACAUAAAGAGAGACACCACAACACUACAUAAAGAGAGACACCACAACACUACAUAAAGAGAGACACCACAACACUACAUGAAGAGAGACACCACAACACUACAUAAAGAGAGACACCACAACACUACAUAAAGAGAGACGCCACAACACUACAUAAAGAGAGACACUACAUAAAGAGAGACACCACAACACUACAUAAAGAGAGACACCACAACACUACAUAAAGAGAGACACUACAACACUACAUAAAGAGAGACACCACAACACUACAUAAAGAGAGACACCACAACACUACAUAAAGAGAGACACCACAACACUACAUGAAGAGAGACACCACAACACUACAUAAAGAGAGACAACACUACAUAAAGAGAGACACCACAACACUACAUAAAGAGAGACGCCACAACACUACAUAAAGAGAGACGCCACAACACUACAUAAAGAGAGACAACACUACAUAAAGAGAGACACCACAACACUACAUAAAGAGAGACGCCACAACACUACAUAAAGAGAGACGCCACAACACUACAUAAAGAGAGACACCACAACACUACAUGAAGAGAGACACCACAACACUACAUAAAGAGAGACACUACAACACUACAUAAAGAGAGACACCACAACACUACAUAAAGAGAGACACCACAACACUACAUAAAGAGAGACACCACAACACUACAUAAAGAGAGACACCACAACACUACAUAAAGAGAGACGCCACAACACUACAUAAAGAGAGACACUACAUAAAGAGAGACACCACAACACUACAUAAAGAGAGACGCCACAACACUACAUAAAGAGAGACACCACAACACUACAUAAAGAGAGACGCCACAACACUACAUAAAGAGAGACACUACAACACUACAUAAAGAGAGACGCCACAACACUACAUAAAGAGAGACACUACAUAAAGAGAGACACCACAACACUACAUAAAGAGAGACAACACUACAUAAAGAGAGACACCACAACACUACAUAAAGAGAGACACCACAACACUACAUGAAGAGAGACACCACAACACUACAUAAAGAGAGACACCACAACACUACAUAAAGAGAGACACCACAACACUACAUAAAGAGAGACACCACAACACUACAUGAAGAGAGACACCACAACACUACAUAAAGAGAGACACUACAACACUACAUAAAGAGAGACACCACAACACUACAUAAAGAGAGACACCACAACACUACAUAAAGAGAGACACCACAACACUACAUGAAGAGAGACACCACAACACUACAUAAAGAGAGACAACACUACAUAAAGAGAGACACCACAACACUACAUAAAGAGAGACGCCACAACACUACAUAAAGAGAGACGCCACAACACUACAUAAAGAGAGACACCACAACACUACAUGAAGAGAGACACCACAACACUACAUAAAGAGAGACACUACAACACUACAUAAAGAGAGACACCACAACACUACAUAAAGAGAGACACCACAACACUACAUAAAGAGAGACACCACAACACUACAUAAAGAGAGACACCACAACACUACAUAAAGAGAGACGCCACAACACUACAUAAAGAGAGACACUACAUAAAGAGAGACACCACAACACUACAUAAAGAGAGACGCCACAACACUACAUAAAGAGAGACACCACAACACUACAUAAAGAGAGACGCCACAACACUACAUAAAGAGAGACACUACAACACUACAUAAAGAGAGACGCCACAACACUACAUAAAGAGAGACACUACAUAAAGAGAGACACCACAACACUACAUAAAGAGAGACAACACUACAUAAAGAGAGACACCACAACACUACAUAAAGAGAGACUCCACAACACUACAUAAAGAGAGACACCACAACACUACAUAAAGAGAGACGCCACAACACUACAUAAAGAGAGACGCCACAACACUACAUAAAGAGAGACGCCACAACACUACAUAAAGAGAGACACCACAACACUACAUAAAGAGAGACGCCACAACACUACAUAAAGAGAGACAACACUACAUAAAGAGAGACACCACAACACUACAUAAAGAGAGACUCCACAACACUACAUAAAGAGAGACACCACAACACUACAUAAAGAGAGACACCACAACACUACAUAAAGAGAGACGCCACAACACUACAUAAAGAGAGACGCCACAACACUACAUAAAGAGAGACACCACAACACUACAUAAAGAGAGACAACACUACAUAAAGAGAGACCUAAAACAACAACAACAACAGAAUGGCAGCAACCCAACAUGAAAACAACAUGGUAGCAACACAACAUGGCAGCAGCACAAGACAUGGUACAAACAUUAUUGGGCAACAGACAACAGCACAAAGGGCAAGAAGGUAGAGACAACAAUACAUCACGCGAAGCAGACGCAACUCAGUAAGAGUGUCCACAUUUUUGUAAAAAAAAUAAUGUUUUAGUCAUUUAGCAGACGCUCUUAUCCAGAGCGACUUACAGUUAGUGAGUGCAUACAUUUUCAUACUGGUCCCCCGUGGGAAUCGAACCCACAACCCUGGCAUUGCAAGCGCCAUGCUCUACCAACUGAGCUACACGGGACAAAUGACGCUACAAGCUUGGCACACCUGUAUUUGGGGAGUUUCUCCCAUUCUUCUCUGCAGAUCCUCUCAAGCUCUGUCAGGUUGGAUGGGGAGCGUCGCUGCACAGCUAUUUUCAGGUCUCUCCAGAGAUGUUCGAUCGGGUUCAAGUCCGGGCUCUGGCUGGGCCACUCAAGGACAUUCAGAGACUUGUCCCAAAGCCACUCCUGCGUUGUCUUGGCUGUGUGCUUAGGGUCGCUGUCCUGUUGGAAGGUGAUCCUUCGCCCCAGUCUGCGGUCCUGAGCGUUCUGGAACAGGUUUUCAUCAAGGAUCUCUCUGUACUUUGCUCCAUUCAUCUUUCCCUCGAUCCUGACAAGUCUCCCAGUCCCUGCCGCUGAAAAACACAGCAUGAUCCAGGAUUCCUCCAGACGUGACGCUUGGCAUUCAGGCCAAAGAGUCCAAUCUUGGUUUCAUCAGACCAGAGAAUCUUGUUUCUCAUGGUCUGAGAGUCUUUUAGGUGCCUUUUGCCAAACUCCCAGCAGGCUGUCAGGUGCCUUUUACUGAGGAGUGGCUUCCGUCUGGCCAUUUUACCAUAAUGGCCUGAUUGGUGGAAUGCUGCAGAGAUGGUUGUCCUUCUGGAAUGUUCUCCCAUCUCCACAGAGGAACUCUGGAGCUCUGUCAGAGUGACCAUCAGGUUCUUGGUCAUCUCCCUGACCAAGGCCCUUCUCCCCCGAUUGCUCAAUUUGGCCUGGUGGCCAGCUCUAGGAAGAGUCUUGGUGGUUCCAAACUUCUUCCAUUUAAGAAUGAUGGAGGCCACUGUGUUCUUGGGGACCUUCAAUGCUGCAGAAAUUCUUUGGUACGCUUCCCCAGAUCUGUGCCUCGACAUGCACUGUCAACUGUGGGACCUUUUAUAUAGACAGGUGUGUGCCUUUCCAAAUCAUGGCCAAUCAAUUGAAUUUACCGCAGGUGGACUCCAAUCAAAGUUGUAGAAACAUCUCCAGGAUGAUCAAUGGAAACAGGAUGCACCUGAGCUCAAUUUCGAGUCUCAUAGUAAAAGGGUCUGAAAUAGUUAUGUAAACAAGGUCAGAUUUACACUGUACCCCUGCAAUCACACCUGCAACCCUGUACAUGUGACUAUCAAACAAUCUGAAUGAAUGUCACAAUAUCACUCACCUGUUAUUCCUGUUCCAGGGUGGUUGUGCCAGCGUGAUCGUAUCCCUCACUGUCCAGUGUCCCCAGGACCUCACCCCCUACUCAGGUAACCAUGUUACACUCUCAGGUGGAUAUAUAUAGGAGGAGACUUUACCAUACCAAUCCUAGAUCUGCUGUUUGGCCAACACCCAAAGGGAAAUGGCCAGGAGAAUGGAGUAGGGUUUGUGUUUACAAGUUGACAAAACCUCUCUUCUAUGGUCCGGUUUUCCCAGACCUGGACUGGACCUUCUAUACAGUCUCCAUCAUGAUGCAUGUAUGUUCAAUCCUGAUUUAAUGUGUGUGUGUGUGUGUGUGUGUGUGUGUGUGUGUGUGUGUGUGUGUGUGUGUGUGUGUGUGUGUGUGUGUGUGUGUGUGUGUGUGUGUGUGUGUGUGUGUGUGUGUGUGUGUGUGUGUGUGUGUGUGUGUGUGUGUGUGUGUGUGUGUGUGUCAGGUAAACUGAUGAGUGCCCUACUGAAUGGAAUUCAUGACCGUAGCAGUGUUGUCCAGAAAGCCUUCUCCUUCGCCCUGGGACAUCUAGUCAGGGUGAGUAGUAUGGUUUUAUUUAACAAACUGCAUCGGUGUAUAACAUGAAGUCAGGACCGGUUUUAUUCACCAAACUAUUGUAUUAAUACAAUCUAACUGUCUUGUCUGUGCCUCCUCAGACAGCGAAGGACAGCAGUGUAGAGAAACUCCUACUGAAGCUCAACACCUGGUAUCUAGAGAAAGAAGGUAAGAAAACAGCAACAGGAUCUGUCCUCUCAGCUUCCUCCUCCUAUUUCACUGUCCCAAAACAACCACCAGCCACUGCCCCUAGAUCAGGGGUGUCCAGCUCACUUCCUGGAUGGCCGUGUGUCAGCUCACUUCCUGGAUGGCCGUGUGUCAGCUCACUUCCUGGAUGGCCGUGUGUCAGUGGGAAUUCACUCCGCCCUUGUAGUUGAUUAGUUAGGAACUCUCCUCACCUGGUUGUCAAGGUCUUCAAAUUGAAAGGUUUAACAAAAACGCAGCAGGCCCUCCAGGAAGUGAGUUGGACACCACUCCUAUAGAUGAUUGAUCUUGACAUAGCUCUAGGGUUCUCAGUUUCCCUCUCUCGCUCCCCUCUCAGAGCCGGUGUACAAGUCGUCGUGUGCCCUGACGGUCCACGCUAUCAGCCACUACAGCCCUGAUGUCCUGAAGGGGCAUGCGGUGGUCGCUCUGCCCCUAGCCUUCCUGGGUAUGCACCAGGCACCGGGACCAGACGAGGAGAAGGGAGAGAGCCAUGACGCCACGCUGUGGAACGAGGUCUGGCAGGAACACGUACCAGGUGAGAGAGGAGAGAGAAACACACACACCUGGUCAGAGAAACACACACCUGGUCAGAGAAAAACACACCUGGUCAGAGAAACACACACCUGGUCAGAGAAAAACACACCUGGUCAGAGAAAAACACACCUGGUCAGAGAAAAACACACCUGGUCAGAGAAACACACACCUGGUCAGAGAAACACACACAGUGGAGAGGGGGAGAGUCACUAUGGACCAAGGCUCUGUAGAGAGAGUGUGUCUGGCAGGAAGACGUACCAGGUGCACCAUUUGUCCUCAAGACAAAACACUUUGACCUUUCAACCCCUGACCUCUGACCCCUGACCUCUCGUCUUCUUCCAGGAAGCUUCGGGGGCAUCCGCCUCUACAUGACGGAGCUGAUCGACAUUACCCAGAAGGCCUUACAGUCCCAGUCGUGGAAGAUGAAGGCCCAGGGCGCGGCUGCCAUGGCGUCCAUCGCUAAGCAACAGACGGGUUCUCUGGUGGUCCCUCACCUGGGCAUGGUGUUGUCUGCUCUGCUGCAGGGGCUGGCCGGACGCACCUGGACUGGAAAGGUGGGGAGGGUGGCCUGUGUGUGUAGAGUGUUCAGUGGAAGGGGUGUGUUCAGAUUGUAAGUAACUUGACCAAAGUGUGUCUGGUGUUGUGUACAGAUGUCUUCACACCAGUUCUCUGUUUGUCCACAGGAGGAGCUGUUGAACGCCAUCGGCUCUGUGGUGUCAAAGUGCAGGUAAGGUUUCUCCUCUCCAUCAAACACCAUUAACACUAGGAGCAGUCCCUGUCUCUGUCUCUUGUCCCUGUGAUGAGGAGGAUGAUGAGAAUGAUGUUGUGGAUGAUGAGGAUGAUGUUGUGGAUGAUGAGGAUGAUGUUGAGGAUGAUGUUGUGGAUGUUGAGGAUGAUGUUGUGGAUGUUGAGGAUGAUGUUGUGGAUGAUGAGGAUGAUGUUGUGGAUGAUGAGGAUGAUGUUGAGGAUGAUGUUGUGGAUGAUGAGGAUGAUGUUGUGGAUGAUGAGGAUGAUGUUGAGGAUGAUGUUGUGGAUGUUGAGGAUGAUGUUGUGGAUGUUGAGGAUGAUGUUGUGGAUGAUGAGGAUGAUGUUGUGGAUGAUGAGGAUGAUGUUGAGGAUGAUGUUGUGGAUGAUGAGGAUGAUGUUGUGGAUGUUGAGGAUGAUGUUGUGGAUGAUGAGGAUGAUGUUGUGGAUGUUGAGGAUGAUGUUGUGGAUGAUGAGGAUGAUGUUGUGGAUGUAGAGGAUGAUGUUGUGGAUGAUGAGGAUGAUGUUGAGGAUGAUGUGGAUGAUGAGGAUGAUGUUGUGGAUGAUGAGGAUGAUGUUGUGGAUGAUGAGGAUGAUGUUGUGGAUGAUGAGGAUGAUGUUGUGGAUGAUGAGGAUGAUGUGUGAUGAGGUGAUGUGUGGAUGAUGGAUGAUGUUGGGAUGAUGAUGUGUUUGAGUGUGAGCUCCAGAAUGUCGGCUCAGGGCCUGCCAUGUUGUGACGAUGGUGAUGUGUGGUGUUGAGGAUGAUGUGUAAGAUCACUGGUCUACAAGAUGGCUGCCCUGGGCUGUGCUGCUGACGUCCUGCAUGACGGAAUGUGGACCGUUCAGGAUGAUGGCGAAUACUCAUACUGGCAUUAAGAAGGUAGGAGAGAGAUCGUGAGACGAGACGUGGGGACGAGACUGUGGAUGACGAGAUACGGGGAUGACAGGACACGGGGAGACAGAGACAGGGAUGACAGGACACGGGAGAGACAGAAGGGGAGAGACGGAGAGAACGGAGGAGGACAGUGACACGGAGAGACAGAGAGACGAGAAGUGAGCAGAACAGGACACGGAGAGGACAGAGGACACGGGGAGACAGAACACGGAGAGACAGAGACACGGGGAGACAGAGACACGGGGAGACAGAGACACGGAGCAGACAGGAGACAAGACCGGGACGACAGACGACACGGGGAGACAGAGAACGGAGACAGAGAGGAGAGACAGAGAGAGAGGACGACGAGGAGACACGGAGGACAGAGACACGAGACGGAGAAGAGACACAGACAGGACAGGACGACAGACAGGAGACGAGACAGACAGACGGAGACGACGACAGAGAGACGAGAAAGAGACAGAGAACGAGAGAGACAGAGACGAGAGACAGGACCAGACGAGACGAGACGAGACAACAGAGGAGACAGACAGAAGAGAGACAGAAGAGAGACAGAGACAGAGCAGGCGGGGGCGAGAGACGAGACAGAGAGAGAGACAGAGACAGACAGACAGAGAGACAGACAGACGAAGAGACAGACAGACGAAAAGAAGCAGAAGAGACAGACAGAACAGACAGAAGACGGAGACCAGACAGACAGAGCGAGAACAGAGCAGACAGACAGAGAGAGAGACAGAGACAGACAGAGAGACAGAGAGAGAGAGAUUGUGUGUCUUUCUCUUUUAUUGCAACAUCAGUAUUCUAUUGAUUUGUCAAAUGUGUAAAAUAUAAUGGUGUGUGUGACAGAACUCUGCAGCUACUUGGAGGCUGAGGCGUGAUAGUGAUGAUGAUACUGAUGAGAAGGAGAAGGAGCUGCAGACUGAAGCUCUACUCUGUGCCUUCCAGACGCUGGGCAAGACCUGGCCCAAAAACACACAAACCCAGGGUAAGGUUCUGACUGGCCCAACAACACACAAACCCAGGGUAAGGUUCUGACUGGCCCAAAAACACACAAACCCAGGGUAAGGUUCUGACUGGCCCAAAAACACACAAACCCAGGGUAAGGUUCUGACUGGCCCAACAACACACAAACCCAGGGUAAGGUUCUGACUGGCCCAACAACACACAAACCCAGAGAAGGUUAUGACUGGCCCAACAACACACAAACCCAGGGUAAGGUUCUAACUGGCCCAACAAUACACAGACCCAGGGUAAGGUUAUGACUGGCCCAACAACACACAAACCCAGGGUAAGGUUCUGACUGGCCCAACAACACACAAACCCAGGGUAAGGUUCUGACUGGCCCAGCAACACACAAACCCAGGGUGAGAUUUGUUUAGUUUUUUUGUCUUAAUUUCAAUAAAACCAAACUAAGGUUAUUAUUUCAGAAGUGAUUUGAAUGAUAUUGUAGUACGUGUGUUUAAUGCUAUAUCACCUGUGUUCCCAGAGCGUUUCCAAUUGGACCUGUGCUGUCUGAUGUGUGAGAGGUUGAAGCUCAGUACAUGGAGGGUCCAGGUUGGGGUCCUGCUGUCUAUGAAGGAAUACUUCCAGGGGUAAGGACACACACCGUCUACGAAGGCAUACACUUAUAUAUAUAUAUACAAAAGUAUGUGGACACCCCUUCAAAUUAGUGGAUUUGCUGACAGGUGUAUAAAAUCGAGCACACAGCCAUGCAAUCUCCGUAGACGAACUUUGGCAGUAGAAUGGCCCAUACUGAAGAGCUCAGUGACUUUCCAACAAGUCAGUUCAUCAAUUUUCUGCCCUGCUAGAGCUGCCCUGGUCAGCUGUAAGGGGCUGUUAUUGUGAAGUGGAAACGUCUAGGAGCAACAACGGCUCAGCCGUGAAGUGGUAGGCCACACAAGCUCACAGAAUGGGACCACCGAGUGCUGAAGCACGUAAAUAUCGUCGGUCCUCGGUUGCACCACUCACUACCGAGUUCCAAACUGCCUCUGGAAGCAACGUCAGCACAAUAACUGUUUGUCGGGAGCUUCAUGAAAUGUAACUCCAACCCUGUUCCUGGUGAGAUACCCUCCUGUAGGUUUUCACUCCAACCCUGUUCCUGGAGAGAUACCCUCCUGUAGGUUUUCACUCCAACCCUGUUCCUGGAGAGAUACCCUCCUGUAGGUUUUCACUCCAACCCUGUUCCUGGAGAGAUACCCUCCUGUAGGUUUUCACUCCAACCCUGUUCCUGGAGAGAUACCCUCCUGCAGGUUUUAACUCCAACCCUGUUCCUGGAGAGAUACCCUCCUGUAGGUUUUAACUCCAACCCUGUUCCUGGAGAGACACCCUCCUGCAGGUUUUUACUCCAACCCUGUUCCUGGAGAGAUACCCUCCUGCAGGUUUUAACUCCAACCCUGUUCCUGGAGAGACACCCUCCUGCAGGUUUUUACUCCAACCCUGUUCCUGGAGAGAUACCCUCCUGCAGGUUUUUACUCCAACCCUAAUCAGGCAAACCUGACUAAUAACUAUCAACUAGGGCUGGAGCGGAAACCUACAGGUUAGCUCUCCAGGAAGAGGGUUUGAGUUAACCUACAGGAGGGUUCUUUCCAGGAAGAGGGUUGGAGUUAACCUACAGGAGGGUUCUUUCCAGGAACAGGGUUGGAGUUAACCUACAGGAGGGUUCUUUCCAGGAACAGGGUUUGAGUUAACCUACAGGAGGGUUCUUUCCAGGAACAGGGUUUGAGUUAACCUACAGGAGGGUUCUUUCCAGGAACAGGGUUUGAAGUUAACCUAAAGGAGGGUUCUUUCCAGGACAGGGUUUGAGUUAACCUACAGGAGGGUUCUUUCCAGGAACAGGGUUUGAGUUAACUACAGGAGGGUUUCUUUCCAGGAACCAGGGUUUUUGAGUUUAACCUACAGGAGGGUUCUUUCCAGGGGUUGAGUAACCGACCGGAGGGUUAUUUCCAGGAACAGGGUUUGGGUUAACCUACAGGAGGGUUCUUUCCAGGAACAGGGUUUGAGUUAAAACCUACAGGAGGGUUUGAGAGAGCUGCUCUAUGCCAUGUGCACCUAUGGAGAUCUGAAAGACUUAAAACAUAUGUCUAGCCAAUCAGAGGGCAAGGUGGAGCUACUUCCUCUAGCCUAUCAGAGGGCAAGGUGGAGCUACUUCCUCUAGCCUAUCAGAGGGCAAGGUGGAGCUACUUCCUCUUGCCAAUCAGAGGGCAAGGUGGAGCUACUUCCUCUAGCCAAUCAGAGGGCAAGGUGGAGCUACUUCAUGACUAUUAUUUUCUUUCCGACUCCCAUUUGACUGGUUCAUGUUGUUCUCCUUUUGAAUGAUUGAUAAGGAUGUAGUCUUGGUGUUCCUUCCUGUGUAGGUUGCUACUGUUGGAGAAAGAGAAAGACAACCAGAACUUCACAGCCCUGUCCCUUAUCCUCACAGAGACAUGCAGCGCUCUCACCUUCCCACUAGGUAAGACCUUUACACUGCUCUCACAUACCCACUAGGUAAGACCUCCACACUGCUCUCACCUUCCCACUAGGUAAGACCUUUACACUGCUCUCACAUACCCACUAGGUAAGACCUCCAACCAACUGCUCUCAACCUUCCCACUAGGUGUAAGACCUUUACAACUGCUCUCACAACCCCACUAGUAAGACCUCCACAACUGCUCUCAACAUACCCAACUACGGUAAGACCCCCACAACUGCUCUCACAUAUGACUAGGUAAUGACCUCCACAACUGCUUCUCACGUUCCCACUGAAGUAAGACCGUUACACUGCCCUCACGACCCGCUAGGUAAGACCUCCACACUGCUCUCAAUACCCACUAGGUAAGACCUCCACACUGCCUCUCACCAUACUGUACUAGUAGGUACGAGACUCCCACACUGCUCUCAACCGUUCCCACGAGGUAAGACCUUUGCCCAGACCACUAGGUAAGACCUCCACACUGCUCCACAGACCCACUAGGUAAGACCCUCCACACUGCUUUCACAGACCCACUAGUAAGACCUCCCCACUGCUCUCACAUACCCACUAGGUAAGACCUCCACACUGCUCUCACAUACCCACUAGGUAAGACACUCUCUCACACACUGUACUCACAUCCUACCCACUAGGUAAGACCUCCACACUGCUCUCACAUACCCACUAGGUAAGACCUCCACACUGCUCUCACAUACCCACUAGGUAAGACCUCCACACUGCUCUCACGUACCCACUAGGUAAGACCUCCACACUGCUCUCACUACCACUAGGUAAGACCCACUGCUUCACUACCACUAGGUAGACUGACCUGCUCUCACAUACCCACUAGGUAGACCUCACACUGCUCUCCAACUAGGUAAGACCGCCACACUGCUCUCACAUACCGACUAGGUAAGACCUCCACACUGCUCUCACAUACCACUAGGUAAGACCUCCACACUGCUCUCACAUACCCACUAGGUAAGACCGUCCCACUGCUCUCACAUACCCACUAGUAAGACCUCCCCUGCUCUCACAUACCCACUAGGUAAGACCGUCCACACUGCUCUCACAUACCCACUAGUAAGCACCUCCACAACUGUAAUCCCAUUGAAUACAGGGACCUCCCACUGCUUCACUCCCUAGUAAGACCCCACACUGCUCUCACAUACCCACUAGGUAAGACCUCCCACACUGCUCUCACUCCACUAGGUAAGACCUCCACACUGCUCUCACAUACCCACUAGGUAAGACCUCCACACUGCUCUCACAUCCCACUAGGUAAGACCGCCACACUGCUCUCACAUACCCACUAGGUAAGACCUCCACACUGCUCUCACAUACCCACUAGGUAAGACCUCCACACUGCUCUCACAUACCCACUAGGUAAGACCUUUACACUGCUCUCACAUACCCACUAGGUAAGACCUUUACACUGCUCUCACAUACCCACUAGGUAAGACCUCCACACUGCUCUCACAUACCCACUAGGUAAGACCUCCACACUGCUCUCACAUUCCCACUAGGUAAGACCCACACGCUCUCACAUCCCCUAGUAAGACCUCCACACUGCUCUCACAUUCCCACUAGGUAAGACCUGCCACACUGCUCUCACAUACCCACUAGGUAAGACCUCCACACUGCUCUCACAUCCCACUAGGUAAGACCUCCACACUGCUCUCACAUACCACUAGGUAAGACCUCCACACUGCUCUCACAUUCCCACUAGGUAAGACCUCCACACUGCUCUCACAUACCCACUAGGUAAGACCUCCACACUGCUCUCACAUACCCACUAGGUAAGACCUCACACUGCUCUCACAUACCACUAGGUAAGACCUCCACACUGCUCUCACAUACCCACUAGGUAAGACCUCCACACUGCUCUCACAUACCCACUAGGUAAGACCUCCACACUGCUCUCACAUACCCACUAGGUAAGACCUCCACACUGCUCUCACUACCACUAGGUAAGACCUCCACACUGCUCUCACAUCCCACUAGGUAAGACCCCACACUGCUCUCACUCCACAGGUAAGCUCCACACUGCUCUCCAUCCCACUAGGUAAGACCUCCACACUGCUCUCACAUACCCACUAGGUAAGACCUUCUGAGGAGCGAAACAUCUUCAGAAGGGACUGAUUUCCCUGAUCCUAUUCCAGAAGUAAAAAUGUAUUUCAGUGGAGAUAAUCUAUUUUUGAGUAAGCCAUGAUUUAUAGUCCAGGACUAGGUUUAAUCUGGGUGUGGGAAACCGAUCCUAGAUGGUUUUUUUUAUUAGAAAGAUUCACAAUGUUAUUUUUAAAAUGUUUCCUCCUGUAGAGAAUAAGAGUUACUCCUCUGUGAGGACCGAAGCGCUGUCUGUUGUGGAACUACUGGUGAAGAGGACCGGAGGUAAGCCGUCUUUCAGCUGUCUUUCUACUGUCUUUCAGCUGUCGUUCAGCUGUCGUUCAGCUGUCUUUCUACGUCUUUCAGCUGGUCUUUCUAACUGUCUUUCACCUUCCAGCUGUCUUUCUACUGUCUUUCAGCUGUCUUUCUACUGUCUUUCAGCUGUCUUUCUGCUGUCUUUCAGCUGUCUUUCAGCUGUCGUUCAGCUGUCUUUCUACUGUCGUUCAGCUGUCUUUCUACUGUCUUUCUACUGUCUUUCUACUGUGCUAAAUUACUACUCCCACAUCUCUAUGAACUCUUCUAAAGGUGUCUUUAACACAAACGUUGUUUGACCCUUUUAAGUAAACGCACCAGUCUGCAGGACUUGAACUUCAUGACCUUUCAUGCCUAGAAUAUAGGAGUACGUUUGAGUCCAUUUUGAAGCUAUGAGUAAAAAUGUCUAGGAGUCAUUUUACUCAAACCUGAGCGAACGUUUGAGAACAAAAGACAUACAUGAGCACUGCUACAUCUUCUGUUUGAAAACGAUUUCUCCCCUAGUCCCUGAAGGUGACAGGUUUUCUCCCCUAGUCCCUGUAGGGGACAGGUUUUCUCCCCUAGUCCCUGUAAGGGGACAGGUUUUCUCCCCCUAGUCCCUGAAGGGGACAGGUUUUUCUUCCCCUAGUCCCUGAGGGGACAGGUUGUCUCCCCUAGUCCCUGUAGGGGACAGGUUUUCUCCCCUAGUCCCUGAACGUGACAGGUUUUCUCCCCUAGUCCCUGAACGGGACAGGUUUUCUCCCCUAGUCCCUGAAGGGGACAGGUUUUCUCCCCUAGUCCCUGAAGGGGACAGGUUUUCUCCCCUAGUCCCUGAAGGGGACAGGUUUUCUCCCCUAGUCCCUGAAGGGGACAGGUUUUUCUUCCCUAGUCCCUGAAGGGGACAGGUUUUCUCCCCUAGUCCCUGAAGGGGACAGGUUUUCUCCCCUAGUCCCUGAAGGUGACAGGUUUUCUCCCCUAGUCCCUGAAGGUGACAGGUUGUGUGUGUCUUUCCAGAGAGUGGCCAGUGGGAGUGUGUUUCGGGGAAGAGUCGUGAGCAGCUGCAGCGUUCUCUGUCCACCCUGCAGACAGACAGCAGACCUGACCUACGGGACAAGGCCCAGGAACUACGGAGACACAUCCAGAGUCAGCCCUGAACACAACCCCUGGAGUCAACUCUGAACACACACACACACUC